CGGCAGCAUGCAGGUCCUGAGACGGAGGGUCCUGGACCGGCUCUUCACCCAGACACGUGGACUGUGUUUGGAUCAUCGCUCCAGAAGAUCUAAGCCAGGUCUCCUGGUGGACGUGGACGGGGUCCUGCUCCGCGGCCGCUCUGUGAUCCCGGCCGCGCGGCGGGUCUUCCAGCGGCUCCAGGACGCCGCGGGACACUUCCGGCUGCCGGUCGUCUUCGUCACCAACGCAGGAAGCUGUCUCCGUCACAACAAAGCUCAACAACUCUCUGACAUGCUGGGCAUCAAGGUGACCCCAGACCAGGUCCUCCUGUCCCAUGGUCCUCUCCAGAUGUUCCAGAGCUUCCAUGAGAAGUGUGUCCUUGUGUCAGGUCAGGGCCCCGUGGCGGACAUCGCCCAGGACCUGGGCUUUACGAACGUCAUCACCAUCGACCAGCUGAGAGAGCAGCACCCUCUGCUGGACAUGGUGGACCACAACCGGAGACCGAGCGUAACCGUUACCCCUCAGGAGAAACGUCGAAUAGAGGCUGUCAUCCUGUUUGGAGAGCCAAUCAGAUGGGAGACCAACCUCCAGCUAUUGAUGGACGUGCUGCUGACCAAUGGGAACCCAGCGUCUCCUCAUUGCCUCAACAUGUCCACACAGCUGCCCGUCCUGGCCUGCAACACUGACCUGCUGUGGCUGGCCGACGCCCCCUCACCACGGUUGGGUCACGGUGUGUUCAUGCUGUGUCUGGAGAGUGUGUUCUGGAAACUAGCCGGCCAGAGGCUACGCUACGAGGCUGUGAUGGGGAAGCCCAGCCUCCUGACCUAUCAGCACGCAGAGCUCGUUAUCCGGCAGCAGACAGCCAAUCAGGGCUGGGAUACACCUGUUACGAACCUCUACGCUAUAGGGGACAACCUGAUGACAGAUGUCUACGGGGCUAACUCGUACAACCGCUACCUGAAGCAGCAGCUAGCGGCUCCUGCUGCUAAGGCGCUAGCCCAGGGGAGGGGCACAGAGUGGAGAGCCGCCCCCCUGCAGGUCGAAGGUCAGCUAGCCACGCCUAGCGCCACCCAGUGUCACUCUAUCCUGGUCUGUACUGGUGUGUUCAACCCUGAUGCUGCCUUGCCCGUAGAGCAGGGCACUGCGGACGCAGAGCUGAUGGAACCAGACUACAUCGUGGAAGAUGUGGAGGCAGCCAUUGACCUCAUCUUUCAGAAGGAGGGGUUUGACCUCUGACCUUAACCUCUCAGGAAAUAGAUAGCAUUCUGACCAAUGAAUAUGUAAUAAGAAACAUAAUAAACAAUAGUGCCUUCAUCUUGUACUACAGGACUCUUUUAUACUGGAUAAAAUUGACUUGUGUUUAAAUAAAGUAAACAAGUCUUAUCUGUGAAAUUAUG